UAGAAAGUUAGCUUGCGUGUUAUUUUUUUCUCUUCAUUGACACGGUUAUUUUCAAGUUCGUAUAAUUCAUGUUUGAAAAGGAACUGGUUAAAGAAACCAAGCAUUGAGCAAGUGUCAGGGUCAAAGGCUGGAGUUGAGAGGGUAAAGUUCAAGAGAAGAUGGCGUCGACCAAGCGGGUGCUGUACGUGGGAGGUCUUGCUGAAGAGGUAGAUGAGAAAGUGCUUCAUGCAGCUUUCAUUCCAUUUGGAGAUAUCAUGGACAUUCAAAUUCCACUGGAUUAUGAAACCGAAAAACACAGAGGUUUUGCAUUCAUUGAAUUUGAAAAUGCUGAGGACGCUGCAGCUGCCAUUGAUAACAUGAAUGAAUCUGAACUUUUUGGAAGGACAAUCCGAGUAAAUCUGGCAAAACCCAUGCGGAUUAAAGAGGGAUCCUCAAGAGCAGUGUGGUCAGAUGAUGACUGGUUGAAAAAGUUUGCUGGUAAAACUCUAGAAGAGAAUGAAAAUGAAGAGCAGGGAGGAAAUGAUGGAAGUACACAAACACAGGAGGGUGAACCACCAGCCAAAAAAACAAGAACCAAUCCUCAAGUUUACAUGGAUAUUAAAAUUGGCAACAAACCUGUUGGCAGGUUACGUUUUUUAUUACGAGCUGAUAUCGUUCCAAUGACUGCAGAGAACUUCCGUUGUCUCUGUACACACGAGAAAGGAUUUGGCUUCAAAGGCAGUAGUUUCCAUCGCAUCAUCCCACAGUUCAUGUGUCAGGGUGGUGACUUCACCAACCAUAAUGGAACCGGAGGGAAAUCCAUCUACGGCAGAAAGUUUGAUGAUGAAAACUUUAUCCUAAAACACUCAGCACCAGGUUUAUUAUCGAUGGCAAACUCUGGAAUAAACACAAAUGGAUCUCAGUUUUUCAUUACCCUUGACAAAACAGACUGGUUGGAUGGAAAACAUGUGGUAUUUGGGGAAGUGGUGGAGGGAAUGGAUGUAGUCAAACAGAUCGAAGCUCAAGGUUCUAAAGAUGGAAAACCAAAGCAGAAAAUGAUCAUCUCGGACUGUGGAGAAUAUGUGUGAUUCCAGUCCCUGCAAAGCAUGGUUUUGGGACAUUCCAAUCUUUUUAUUAUAUUCAGUGUUAUCUGUCAAGAUUUGUAACUGAUGUGAACACUUGUAAAUACCUUGUAAACAACGUAAAGUAAAAUAUUUGUUUUCUAAAA